GGUGCUGAUGUCAUCAAAGUACCCCGACGGCCUGACAGGACGUAUCGAGUUUAACGACGACGGCGACCGGCGCUUCGCCACCUACAGCAUCCUGAACUACCAGCAGAAACCAGGUCGCCUCGUCCAGGUUGGAGUCUUUAACGGAACACAGGUUGUGAUGAACCCUCAGAGGAAAAUCAUUUGGCCUGGAGGAGAGACAGAGAAGCCAGUCGGAUACCAGAUGUCGACCAGACUGAAGAUCGUGACGAUUCAUCAGGAGCCAUUUGUUUACGUGAAGCCAACGAAAAGCGACGGGACGUGUAAAGAGGAGUACACCGUCAACGGAGUCCUGAUCAAGAAGGUGAUCUGUACUGGACCCAACGGGACCAUACCAGGUCAGCCCAUCGUCCCGCAGUGUUGCUAUGGUUUCUGCAUCGACCUGCUCAUCAAGCUGGCCAUGAGUAUGAACUUCACCUAUGAGGUUCACCUGGUGGCUGAUGGGAAGUUUGGCACGCAGGAGCGAGUGAACAACAGCAACAAGAAGGAGUGGAACGGGAUGAUGGGGGAGCUGCUGGGAGGCCUCGCUGACAUGAUCGUCGCCCCGCUCACCAUCAACAACGAGCGCGCUCAGUACAUCGAGUUCUCCAAACCCUUCAAAUACCAGGGGCUCACCAUCCUCGUCAAGAAGGAAAUCCCUCGCAGCACUCUGGACUCGUUCAUGCAGCCGUUCCAGAGCACGCUGUGGCUGUUAGUCGGUCUGUCGGUCCAUGUGGUGGCAGUGAUGCUUUACCUACUAGACCGGUUCAGCCCGUUCGGAAGGUUCAAAGUGAACAGCGAAGAAGAAGAGGAAGACGCCCUCACCCUGUCCUCGGCCAUGUGGUUCUCGUGGGGAGUGCUGCUGAACUCUGGGAUAGGAGAAGGAGCUCCCAGGAGUUUCUCGGCCAGGAUUCUGGGUAUGGUGUGGGCAGGGUUCGCCAUGAUCAUCGUAGCUUCAUACACUGCCAACCUGGCAGCCUUCCUGGUGCUGGACCGGCCUGAGGAGCGCAUCACUGGCAUCAACGACCCCAGG